AGAGAAAGAGUAGAGUCGAGGAGAGGAAGCUUUAAGAUGAGAGCUCCGGGUGAAAGCGAAGACGCCGUCGUGAUCGAAAAGGCGAAGAAGGCCGGAGAGGCGCAUGUUAUCACCGUGAAUUGUCCUGACAGGACCGGUUUAGGGUGUGACAUUUGCAGAAUCAUCCUCGAUUUCUGGCUUUAUAUCGUAAAAGGAGAUGUUACAACCGAUGGAGUAUGGUGCUACAUAGUUUUGUGGGUGAUGGUCACAUUUGAAGAACCAGCUUGUAUCUGUAUGCCCACCUUGCUCCACCUACUUCCUUCUCAAUUUGAUGUCUCCUUGACUCCUUGUCCUGCAUCAUCACCACCUGUUUACUUGCUGAAAUUCUUCUGCCUAGACCGGAGAGGACUCUUACACGGUACUUAUCGUCUCAUGGGAAGAAAUCUGUUUGCAAAUGUUACUCAAGUACUAAUUGAGCUUGAGCUCUCAAUUCAAACCGUGAAGGUCACUACUACACCGGAUGAGAGAUAUUCUUUUUCCGCUAGGGAUCUCUUACACACGAAAAAGCGCCAAGACGAGACAUUAGAGGAGUUUCUUUCUGUCUUAGGAGAAUCAUGUAUAAGCUGUGAGCUCGAGUUGGCUGGUCCUGAGUUUGAAUGUCAUCAGAAUAUUCCAUCUCUUUCUCCAGCAGUAGCUCAAGAGUUGUUUACGCAGCACACCGAUGAAGAUAGUCGCGCACAGGUUCUUACCGAUGAUAUGAUAAAGCUGAAGAAUUCCACAAAUGUCACACUUGACAACUCUUUAAGCCCGGCUCACACAUUACUCCAGAUACGCUGCGUUGAUCACAGAGGCCUUCUCUACGAUGUAUUACGAACCUUGAAAGAUUUUGACAUUAAGAUAUCGUAUGACAGGUUCUUGCCUCAAACACAGGGUCAUAGGGAUCUAGAGCUAUUUGUUCAGCUGAAAGAUGAGAAGAAGAUCUUGGAUCCUGAUAAACAGAACUCGUUAUCUUCACGUCUGAAAACUGAAAUGCUUCAUCCUUUACGGGUCAUAAUAGCAAACAGAGGACCAGACACUGAGCUUUUGGUUGAGCUAUCCGGUAAAGGCAGGCCGAGAGUGUUUUAUGGCGUUACCCUUUCGCUAAAAGUGCUUGGGAUCUGCGUUUUCGCGGUAAGAGAACAAAAACUAUUCACAGAAAUGUUUCAGAAUCAGGUGAGAUUCUGACUGUGUUGUCUUUUCGAUUCUUUAUCUUCUAAAGCAGAUUGUCUAACACACUCACUCACAAUGUUCGUCUCACUUUAUUAGCAAUCUCAUUCCAUCAAUAUUCACAUGGUUUUGGAAAACCCACAAUUGUUAUAGAGACGGUAGUUUUAUAUGAUCUCUGGAUAUAGUACGCGUUUUUUGGACCUCCAUAUACCUUAGACGAUAUCAAUGUUCUUGAUCGCUUAUCCAUUUUUGAUGAUAUAAUAAAAGGUCAAACUCCG